UUUGCGCUUUUACAAGCACAUCACCCAAUAAGCCAUUCAGUAAUACACAUACACCAUUGAUCAAUGAGAUUGAUGAGCUGUCAGCAUGAAUGUGUGACAUUUCUCAAAGGUUGUGUGUGGUCCAUGGAAUAUGCUAUGUUUCCCCGCACGCGUCACUCCCAAGCGAUAUGCUGUUCACUGUUAGCUCUUCAUUCCUUACCGUCAUACCAUUCAUUUCCUUGUCCAGAUAACAAAGAUGUCACUCGGACCAAACUUUAUCGGUACGCUACCAUCUUCUGAGGAAGGCGCUUUCAUCACUGUUGCUCAUCUGACCGCUAAAGGUGAGCCAGAAUUGAAAACACUUCUCUCAAUCUUGCACAAUGUUCACAAGAGUGCCACAUCUGAUGCCGAGCCUGACUGUAUAGGAUACGAGGCUAUUCAAGCUCACGAUGAUCCGCUCUCAAUCAUCGUAUAUGGUAAGUUUCUAGUAAAUUUGAAUCACAAAUUUCAUUCGACUGAAAUGCUUCAACUUCUUAUUUCUGAUUGCACAGAAAAAUACAGAUCCAGUGAAGCAUUGGAAUUUCAUCGGACGACAGAGGCUUUUCAAGCUUUUGCCAAACAAGCAAAAGAUUUGACAAGCUUGAGACAUAUACGCUUUUACAAGCCUUUAACUCCAUAGUGAUAUUCUCAAAGGAUCUAUUGCAUGGUAUACCAGAACAUAAG